AUGAGAUGGCACAAUGAGAAGCGUGUGGAUGAUGACAUAUUAAGGCCCCCGGCCGAUGGUAAAGCAUGGAAGGACUUUGAUAAGCAACAUCCGACGUUUUCUGAUGACUCUCGAAAUGUAAGGCUAGGGCUGGCAACAGAUGGUUUCCAUCCAUUUGGGAAUAUGAGCACAUCAUAUAGCAUGUGGCCCGUAAUCUUAAUGCCUUACAAUCUCCCACCGUGGAAGUGCAUGAAAGAGCCAUAUUGCAUGAUGUCAUUGCUUAUUCCCGGACGAUCGGCACCUGGAAGAGACAUUGAUGUUUACUUGCAACCACUAAUAGAAGAAUUGAGGAAUUUGUGGGAGCAUGGUGUGCAAACAUAUGAUGUAUCGAACGGGCAAAUUUUUAGAAUGCAUGCGGCGGUAAUGUGGACCAUAAAUGACUUCCCUGCGUACGGUAACAUGUCAGGGUGGAGUACAAAGGGUUACUUGGCUUGCCCUAAUUGUAACAAUAAUGUAUCGUCUCAGGGAUUACGAAGUAAAAUAGGGUAUAUGGGUGCUCGUCGCCACUUGCCUGAAAACCACACUUGGCGAACAAGUAAGCUCUUCAAUGGUCAAACGGAGCAUAGGUCCAAACCUUUGGAGUUAUCAGGGGACCAAGUACUAGAGCAAAUUGAUUCUGGGACUUACAAGCCGUAUGGAAAGCACCCACAAAAUCGAAAACGACAAAGGAAUGAACAUCAAAAUUUGAAUUGGAGCAAGAGAAGCAUUAUGUUUGACUUGCCCUAUUGGAAGACGUUGAAGCUUCGACACAACCUUGAUGUCAUGCAUAUUGAGAAGAGCAUAUGUGACAAUGUCGUUGGGACACUUUUGAGCGUAGAUAGAAAGAACAAGGACACGGACAAAGCACGCUUAGAUUUGGAGGACAUGAAAAUACCAAAUAUCUCCAAUUGCGUAAACGCUCAAGCUGGAAAAUUAUCUGGCCUCAAAAGUCAUGACAGUCAUGUCCUUAUACAACGACUUCUUCCAAUUGGGAUGCGUGGCUACCUUAAUAAGGAAAUUGGAACGACACUUUUUGAGUUGGGAAAUUUCUUCAAACAAUUGUGUUCAAAGACAUUGAGGCGUUCAGAUUUGCAUAAAUUGGAUGAACAAAUCGUACUCAUACUUUGUAAGCUUGAGAUGCUUUUCCCGCCGGCGUUUUUCGAUGUGAUGGUCCACUUGGCAAUUCACUUGCCUCGAGAGGCUAUGCUUGGAGGCCCAGUGCAAUAUCGAUGGAUGUACCCAAUUGAGAGUGUAACAUUGACAUCGGCUUGCAAAAUUAGGUUACUUGGCCGUCUAAAAGGGUUUGUGGUCAACAAAGCUCAUCCUGAAGGUUUUAUUGCCGAGGCUUACAUUUCCAAAGAAUGUACAACAUUUUGUUCAAUGUAUUUGGAUGGAGUUGAAACAUUGUUUAACCGCCCAGAAAGGAAUUAUGACAUGGGUGACCGUGGCUGUACGUCCUUUUAG